ACUACUAUGAUUUUGAUAUAGGAGUGAUGUUCUCUUAAACAACUCUUUAUUUAAAAGAAUUGGGCAGAGGAUAUAGCUAUAGUAUAACACAACUAUAACUUUAGUUGGGAUUCCAUUUUUUUAAAAUGUUCGCUUAGGCUACGUUUUCCUCACUUACAGAAAUGUGAAAUUUUGUGAAAGUUUUGCAAAAAUAAUGGGACUAUGACCCCUUUUUCUGAAGAGAUGAUAUUAAUUUUUGGAGCAGAGUUUGCUUGUUCCUGGCUGAGAUCUUAAGGUGGGUAGGGGUGAUGCUUUCUCAAGGUGCCCAGGACUGUGAGUCACCUUCUUACUCCUCACCAUCUCCAGUCAGAGCAAGACUUGCUGAUGCCUAACGGGUGUCAGCUGCUCCCUGACAGCACCAGUCUGUUAGCAAUCAUUACAAUCUCUUCAGGGCAGGAUAAGCCCUGUGGGUUAGUCUCCAGUGACUUACCAUUCCUCUGUUCACUAAUAUAUAUAUAAAUAAAUUUGGCUCUGAGGUAGGUGAAUAUACAUCCUAUUUCCUGUCUGGAAGAAACCUGUUUUCUUCUUUAGUUGGUGACAGUCUUUAUAUUUUCACUACAUGUACACAACUCCUUAAAUAUCAUCCGUCCAUACAUGAUGCGAUGACUGAGGAUUAGUAUGAUAUAAGUUUUUAUUAGAGACCUUACAGGAUAUAAUUUAUGGAUACAUACCAUGAAAGCAGUGUGUUUAGCUGUAGUGAAUUUGUCGGGCUUAGGAGUUGCUGUUACAGGACAGUGAAUCCUUUGUCAGCUGGUACCAAUGGCCCUCUGUGUCACAGCUUUCCCCUGAUAUAGACCCAGUAGGAUUAGCUGCUGUCUACUCCACAGAUCUUGGUUUAAAGUCCCUCUGCCUGGACAGGGUAUCCACUUAUUAAUUUGAACUUCAUACAUUCAUUCAGCUAGUAAACUGUUCCAAUAAUCAAACUACAAUACAGUCAUAGGUUAGUUCGCAUGUUAAUUCCCCCUUGGGGAGAAGUGAGGCGUUUCCUUCUCUCAUCCCCCAUAGGUUUAAUCAUAUCUCUCAUGACCACGCUAAACCCACAGAUUAAAGGGCACCUUUCCCUCUCCUUAACAUCUUCACUUGCCACAGUGGUUAUAACCUGUCUGGGCUUUUCCCGUCUUUACUGGGUAGCAUGGAUUUGUCAGCAUUUUUAGCACCCAGAGUCUGCCUCUUUCCAGGAGAGCUCGGAGACACAUCACCUUACAGCCAUACCUAGUUUCCCUUCUCCCAGCGCCAUUCUGGUCCACAGCACCUUCUAGCUGCGCCAGUGUCUCACCGUCCCCAGUAAUCUUCCCUACUUCUAGUGAAUUUCUGGUCCACAGCAUUUCCUAGCUGUACCACUAUCUCACUGCUCACAGACGAUUCUGAGCCAUAGCACCUUUUAGCUGUGCCACAGAGAGACUCAGCACUGACUCAGUUCCCCAGUGAAGGUAGAUGUCGAGCUCUCCCCCUCAACUACUGAGUCUAGUCAUGACGGCUUGUACCUGAACCCUCAUAAUUUGACCCCAUCAGAAUCCCAGAACAAACAUUAGUGUCCAUAGUGAUUCAGCUGCAGGCAGAGUGAUGGCGCCCAUUCCCUCAUCUAUUUGUAUGCUAGCCCCUGAUGAGGCACACGCUUAUGUCCUUUCUUCUGGGUCCCAUGGGAGUGACUUGAUCCUCAUCUCCUGUUCGAGCUGCCUGUAUUUUCUCCAGGUCAGCAAGCUUCUGUUGGUCCAGCUCUGUCUCCUCACUCUGAUGUCUGGCUUCCCGCUCCAUCCAUGUCUCCUCCAUCCUCCACAGCUCUGGAUCUUUUCACUGUAGAUACCUCUGCUGGAUCAUCUAUGGCCCCAUCUCCUUAGUCACUGCAUGCCCUAUAGGAGAAAAAGGGAUCCCCUCUGGCUGCUGGUUUGGAGCAGAUGACCCAUUGUGCCUCAUGGCACAUGAGUGCACCCUGGCCACCAACUCCAAUUUCUGCUGAUCAGCAGCAGAUAGACUUCACUGUGCAUACAGGCCCAGAGGCCACUCUUCAUGAACUGCUUGUAAUUUGUGUUGCUAAAUAGCUUUUACCUGAGACAGAUGAACAGACUUGCUCUUGCUUUCAGUUUAAAGAGCAAAAGUAUAAGCCUUUGCAACAGUGUUGUAAAAAUCUUCAUGUACUACUGCACUGCCACCAUUCUGUCACAGAUCCUAGAAAGCACCCCUGCCCGGCCACCCACUAGGACUGCUGUGAGGGGAAUCUAAGCUUCUGUGCUCUGGAUUCCCAGGGUGUUUCAAGCUCCAGAAGUUUGAAUGGAAUCUAGCCACUACCCAAGUCUGUAGGUCCCUAGGCAUGCUAUUAUUAUCCAGCCAGCCAGGGUGUUGGUCUUUUUUGGGAGGGACCCAAGUGCUCUUCCUUACGUCACUGCAGGUCUCCUAGCUGCUAAUCUGUUCUUCACCAGCCAGUUGUCUGUUCCCUCCUCCUCCUCCACCAACCGGGGGAAUCUCAUUUAGGAAAUUGGAGUUGUUCCUCUUCUGAUGUCAGCAGCAAGUAGGAAGAAUUGGUUAUUCCAAUAAUCAAAACGGAGGCAAAAGAGAGAUUACUCCUUCUUCUUCAAGUACUUGCUCAUAUCGAUUCCAAUUAGGUGUGCGCGUGCCGUGUGCACGUUCGUCAGAAGAUUUUUAGCCUAGCAACACUCGGUGGGUCGGCUGGGUCACCUCCUGGAGUGGCACCAUGAUGGUGCCAGAUAUAUACCCCUGCCAACCCAACGGCCCUUCAGUUCCUUCUUACCACCCGUGAUGGUCAUUGGAACUGUGGAGCGCGGCUUUCCUGAUCUCCACUUCCCUAGCUUAUUCGUUGUUCUUUACUGUUAAUUGUGUUUAUAGUUUGAGUUUUACAGUUGUAGUUAGUGUUAGUUGUUGUGUAUAUGUAUAGUUAGUGUAUUUAGUUGAGGGGGGAUCGGGGAUUAGCCCCUUUCCUCCACCUUGGAGCCGGGCUCAUGCCAGGUCACCGGGAUUCAAACCGUGCUCGGCUUGCCAAAAGCCGAUACCAAUAGGAAUCUUCACGACUUCUGCCUCAAGUGCCUAGGGGAAUCCCACCUUCCUGAAAAGUGCCGCAUUUGUAAGUCAUUUAAACCGAGGAUGAAGAAGGAGCGGGACUUUCGACUGAAAGAGCUCCUCAUGGAGGCGGCACUUAGCUUUGCAGCGUCGGUACCGAGCACUCAACCGGCAUCUGUGAGGAGCGCUCCUUUGGCUCUGGACCUCUCUGGUACCGCGAAGAAGCCACGGCACCGACCCUCACCGGCACCGAUGUCUGCUCGGCACUGCUCCCUGUCCCCGCGGCCCAGGAAGCAACACAAUGCUCUGGCUGCUUCGGCACCACUCGCACCACAGAAGGAGCGCCCAUCGAUGACGGAUCACCCGGCACAGUCAUCUGCUGCGGCACCGCUGAGUGCGGCACCGUUAAUUCUGGUCCCACGGGGGCCAUUGUGUCUGGUGCCCGAAAGCUCCCCGACUCAGGCCGUGGUUGCGCUUGCUCCCCCAUACACGCCGUGGACCUUCUCCACCGCACGGGAGUUGAUUGCGAUGACGGAGACGGCACUGCCUCAACCCCCGGCACCGCUGGUGCGGGUCAUCCAAUCUAUUGGCAAGCCUGCCUUGCUGAGGCUGCCCUCCGUGGGAGCUGCUGAGAGGCAUCGUUCAAGAUCUCGGUCCCACUGACAAUCCCGGUCCCGAUGCCGCUCGCAGUCCCAGCACCGCUCUCCAUCGUGGUACCGGUCGCACUCGCGGCACCGCUCGUCCUCCCGUUCACCUGCCAGAUACUCAUGGUACCGAUCUGACUCCCGGCACCGUUCACGGCACCGCGCAUCUCGCAGCCGCUCCAGGCGAAGGGACUCGAGAUCCCAGUCGACCUCCCGGCACCGCUUCGGUCGUAGGUCCCGGUCACCCUCGCGGUACCGUACAGCUCCCGGUACCGCUCCCCAGUGCCGUCCCGGGGAAAGACCACCCGAGACAUGGCUCCUUCUCAGGGUCUAUUGGCACCGCCUUGGCCGUUGAGACACACCUCAGUGUCAUCACAGGCGGGUAGCAUUUCCUAUCCACAGGAUCGGGACUUGGAUGUCCCCAGCCAUAUGUUUCCUGAGAGCCAGAGCCACGAGCAAGGACCCAUCAGUGGUCUUUCUGGGCGUACCACCAAGCCCAAAGUGUUCCCUCAGUUGCACCACGGUCUGCCCCGUCACAACACCAGGCACCAGAGGCAACCGUAAGCCGCCCUCCCCCCCAUGGGUACAGAUGAGGCUUCGGUACCACCUGCAGACACCCAAGUCCCACCGGAGUCUGACUCCGCUCCUCAAGAACAGGAGCCCCCACAGGACCCUCUUGUCCUUGUCUCUCCUCUUCCGCCUCGCCAGACGAGGCUGUGGGAGGAACAUCCUCCUCCAGCCCUCCCCCAAUUGACCUAAGGGCACAUCAAGACCUCUUGAGACGAGUGGCGCAGAAUAUGAAUCUGCAGGUGGAGGACGUCCCUGAAAUAGAGGACCCUGUAGCGGACAUCCUAUCUGCAGAUGCACCUACUAGAGUGGCCCUGCCGUUUAUCCGUACUAUUCAAACAAACACGGACACCAUUUGGCAAUCCCCAGCCUCGAUCCCCACCACAGCCAAGGGAGUAGAGAGAAAAUACAUGGUACCCUCCAAGGGGUACGAGUAUCUCUACAUACACCCACCUGCUUGCUCCCUAGUAGUUCAAUCGGUAAACGAGAGGGAGCGUCAUGGCCAGCAAGCUCCUGCUCCCAAGGAGGCUAGGCGCAUGGACCUCCUAGGCUGCAAAAUAUAUUCGGCUGGGGGCCUUCAACUUAGGGUGGCAAACCAGCAAGGCCUGCUAAGUAGGUAUAACGAUAACACAUGGUCCUUGGGGAAGUUUACGGAGCUUCUUCCCCAGGAGUCCCGCCAGGAAUUUAGGCCCUACUUGAGGAGGGUAAGAAGGUGGCGAGAACCUCCCUCCAAGCUUCUCUGGACGCCACGGACUCUGCGGCCAGGACUCUGGUGUCAGGAGUGAUGAUAAGGCGUAUCUCCUGGCUCCAGGUAUCAGGCCUUCCUCCUGAAUUACAACAAACUAUUCAGGACUUGCCCUUUGAAGGCCAGGGGCUCUUCUCAGACAAGACUGAUCCCAGAUUACAAAGUCUGAAGGACAGUCGCGUAAUAAUGCACUCGCUGGGGAUGCACACACCAGUGACCCAACGCAGGACCUUCCGGCCCCAGCCUCACCGUACUUACCCCUCGUCUAGGCCACGACAGGACUUCAGCAGAAGGCGUGGCCGAGGGAAUCGAUGAAGGCAGUCUGGCCCCCGAGCGGGGCAAAAUCAGGCCCCCUCCAAACCACUGGCGGGGCCCAAACAGAACUUUCGAUGGGACACUUUCGAGACGGCCCACCAGUUGUUUUCUCGGAUCCUUCUCCUCCCUUUUACAACCGCGUCUCCCAUUUUCUCGCUGCGUGGUCCCACCUAACUUCGGAUCGUUGGGUCCUGCGCACGGUGGAGUUGGGAUACCACCUUCAGUUUGUUUCAGCCCCACCUUCCCACCCUCCCUCCUCGUUCCUCUUCAGGGACCCCUCUCCGAGCAAUUCCUCUUGCAAGAGGUCCAGUCGCUCCUAACCAUUGGAGCCAUAGAGGAAGUACCAAAAGACCUGAGGGGCAAGGGGUUUUGUUCCUGAUACUUCCUAAUCCCCAGGGCAAAGGGAGGUCUACGACCAAUUCUAGACCUGCGAGGACUCAACAAAUUCAUGAUAAAGUUGAAGUUCCGCAUGGUAUCCCUGGGGACCAUUAGCCCAUCUUUGGAUCCUGGAGACUGGUACGCCUCCCUCGAUAUGAAGGACGCGUAUUUCUACAUUGCAAUUUACCCACCACACAGACGGUACCUCCGUUUUGUGGUCAACCAUCAACAUUUUCAGUUUACGGUCCUUCCAUUUGGCCUUUCUGCGGCUCUGCGAGUAUUCACAAAAUGCAUGGCCGUAGUCGCCACCUCCCUCCGGCGUCGUCGGGUGCACGUUUACCCGUAUCUCGACGAUUGGCUCAUUCGAGGGACCUCUGAGUCACAAGUGAGACACCACCUGUACAUCGUCAAAGACCUCUUCAGGAGCCUAGGCCUGAUGAUCAACAUAGAGAAGUCUACUCUGAUACCCAUGCAGAGAAUAGACUUCAUCGGGACGAUUCUGGACUCCACUCUGGCCAGAGCCUGCCUGCUGCAGCCUCGUUUUCAGGCGAUGGCUACAAUUAUCCAAAGCCUCCAAACCUUCCGGACAACAUCGGCUCGCGCUUGUCUCAGCCUACUUGAUCACAUGGCCGCCUGCACCUUUGUGACCAAACACGCCAGGCUACGCCUCCGUCCAUUUCAAACCUGGCUUGCCUCGGUAUACUGGCCGGGCCGAGAGAGCCUGGACUUGAUUCUCACUGUUCCCCCGAAUGUUUUAGGCUCUCUAACCUGGUGGCUGACUCCUACCCUAGUUUGUGCAGGGAUGCCAUUCCACCCACCGCAACCUUCGAUGGCCCUAACCACGGACGCGUCAUCUCUGGGUUGGGGUGACCGCCUCGAGGGCCUCCGCACUCAAGGCCUGUGGUCAGCUCAAGAACUAACCUUACACAUCAAUGUGCGGGAGCGGAGGGCAGUUCGUCUAGCGUGCCAGGUGUUCUGAGAGCAUCUCCAAGGCCGUUGUGUAUCAGUGUUCACGGACAACACAAUGGCUAUGUUUUACAUAAACAAGCAGGGCGGCGCACGCUCCUCCCUCCUUUGUCAGGAAGGCAUUCAGCUCUGGGACUUUUGCAUAGCCCACUUGCUCGAUCUGGUAGCAUCCUUUCUCCCAGGAGUUCAGAACACUCUGGCAGAUCACCUCAGCAGAUCCUUCUUGUCUCACGAGUGGUCAGUUCGUCCGGACGUCAUCCAUUCUGUUUUCCGGAAGUGGGGUUCUCCCCACAUAGACCUCUUCGCCUCUCGCGAGAACAGGAAAUGCCAUGUGUUCUGCUCCUUCUAGGGGCGCUCCCCGGGCUCCCUCUCAGACUUAUUCCCGAUACCAUGGACCAACCGUCUACUCUGCGCCUUUCCACUGUUCCCGCUGGUCCACAGGGUCCUUCUCAAGCUCCGCAGGGACAAUGCCCACCUGAUCAUGAUCACUCCAGCAUGGCAGAGGCUGCACUGAUACACCAUGUUGUUCGACCUCUGUGGCAGACCCAAUUCCCCUACCACUCUGGCCGGAUCUCAUAACUCAGGACUUCAGCAGACUUCACCAUCCAGACCUACAGUCUCUUCACCUCACAGCAUGGUUGCUGCGUGGUUAAGCUGGUCCGAGUUACGUUGCUCUGUCUCGGUCCAACAGGUACUCUUGGGCAGUAGGAAGCCUUCCACUAAGUUGACAUAUCUGGCCAAGUGGAAGCAUUUCUCCUGAUGGUGCGCUCAACGUAACACUGUCCCCAUGCAGGUACCAGUUCCUACUGUCCUGCUCUACCUCUGGUCCCUGAAAGAACAUGGCCUAGCGGUGUCUUCCAUAAAAGUGCAUCUGGCAGCCAUCUCCGCCUCCCACCCAGGGGAGGACGGGCGAUCAGUCUUCUCUCACCCCAUGGUUUCGAGGUUCCUCAAGGGCUUGGAAUGUUUGUACCUGCAGGUAAGACCCCUACCCCUACCUGGGACCUCAAUCUGGUUCUAGCCAAGCUUAUGGGUCCUCCUUUUGAACCGCUAGCCACCUGCUUGCUGCUGUACCUCUCCUGGAAGACGGCCUUCCUCGUUGCUAUUACUUCAGCAAGGCGAGUAUCCGAGCUUUGGGCCCUGACAGAGGACCCCCAAUAUAUGAUGUUUCAUAAGGACAAGGUACAGCUGCGACCACACCCCGCCUUCCUCCCUAAGGUGGUGUCUGCCUUUCAUGUCAAUCAAGACAUCUUCCUUCCCGUCUUCUUCCCAAAGCUGCACUCAUCGCGUCGGUAACAACAGCUGCACUCCCUAGACGUCCGCAGGGCUCUCGCCUUUUUAUAUCGAAAAAACAAAACCCUUUCGAAAGUCGCCUCAGCUCUUUGUAGCUGUGGCAGACCAGAUGAAGGGCCUGCCGGUUUCCUCCCAGCGAAUUUCAUUUUGGGUGACGUCUUGCAUCCGUGUCUGCUUUGAUUUGGCUCGUGUUCUGGCUAGCCACCCCACUGCCCAUUCUACUCAGGCUCAAGCUUCAUCUGCUGCCUACCUAUAUUCUCAUCCAGGAGAUAUGUCGGGCAGCUACCUGAUCAUCGAUUCACACCUUUGCCUCACAUUAUGCAUUGGUUCAACAGUCCAGAGAUGAUGCAGCUUUUGGCUGAGCAGUUUGCAUUCUGCAACAUCUCACUCCGACCCCACCGCCUAGAUAAGGCUUGGGAAUCACCUAAUUGGAAUCAAUAUGAGCAAGCACUCGAAGAAGAAAAGAUGGUUAUUCACCUUUGAAACUGUUGUUCUUCGAGAUGUGUUGCUCAUAUCCAUUCCAAACCCGCCCUCCUUCCCCUCUGUCGGAGUAGCCGGCAAGAAGGAACUGAAGGGCCGUUGGGUCGGCAGGGGUAUAUAUCUGGCGCCAUAAUGGCGCCAUUCCAGGGGGUGACCCAGCCGACCCACCGAGUGUUGCUAGGGUAAAAAUCUUCUGACGAACAUGUACGCAGUGCGUGCACACCUAAUUGGAAUGGAUAUGAGCAACACAUCUCAAAGAACAACAGUUACAAAGGUGAGUAACCGUCUUUUUUCCCCCAAGACCCAAGAUUUGUCUGUUUUACUUUGUCACUUGCUCUUUUGGCAAAGUAAGUGAAUGAUAGAACUGCACUUCAUUCAGAGUGUUACCAUAUUCGGUAAAAUUUCCAGAAACAUAGGCCUAUAUUUCUAAAUCCAUACAUAGGCACUUAAAUAAGUGGCCUGACUUCAAAUGUGCUAAGUACAGAGUAAUUCUAAUUAAUCACUUAAGUGCCUAAAUUUAGGCACCCAUUUUUGAAAAUGUCUGCCUUUUACUUUGUGUUUUUUUUUUUUUUGUUUUUUUUUAAUGUA